CUGGGUGGAGUGAGGAAAAGGCGAUUGUAAGAAACCAAACAUUCCCGAGAUCCCUAAAAAUUCUAAAAAGAAACCCUAAAUUCUCUACUCCUUCACGCUCCUUGCGUUCCUCACUCGCCUUCUUUGCCUCCCCACUCGCCUUCUUUGCUCUGCUGUUUUCUCUUUUCUCUUUUCUCUGUGUCUCCCUCCCUUUGUCGCUGUCUGGGUGGCCGAGAAAAUGGGCAAAUCCAAAGUCUUAAAAAAUUCCUGAAAUUUCGUGGAUUCUUGCCUUAUGAUACAUAAAGUCUGUAUCUUUUGUGCUUAAUACCCAAUGAAAGUGCUAAUCAUGUAAGUGUUAUCUAUUGGGAGGAUUCUCUAGUUGCUUCCGAGUGUGUUAAUAAGGUACUUUAUAGUGAAUCCAGAUGUGGCUAAGUUGAAGAUGGAUUUGCAAGAGAGCAAUAACAAUCAGAUGAGUGAUGCAAAUAUGGUUGAAUCUCAUAAUAACAACGAAGAUGUAGGAGGAGUUAUUGUUGAUGAUCUCAGAACAGGAGGACAUCUUGGUGCUCUUGAUCUUGAGCCACGGGAUGGUAUUGCCUUCGACACACACGAGGCAGCUUAUACGUUUUACCAAGACUACGCCAAAUCCAUGGGCUUUACUACCUCCAUUAAAAACAGCAGGCGGUCCAAGAAGACUAAAGAUUUCAUCGACGCCAAGUUUGCUUGUUCUAGAUACGGUUCCACCCCCGAGUCUGAGAGUGGUAGUAGCAGUGGUCGAAGGUCGAGUGUGAAGAAAACAGAUUGCAAGGCAAGUAUGCAUGUGAAGAGAAAAUCGGAUGGGAGAUGGAUCAUUCAUGAGUUUAUAAAAGAACAUAACCACGAGCUUCUACCUGCUCUUGCUUAUCAUUUCCGGAUUCAGAGGAACAUCAAGUUAGCUGAGAAGAAUAAUAUCGACAUCUUGCACGCCGUUAGUGAACGGACCAGGAAAAUGUAUGUUGAGAUGUCGAGACAAUCUGGGGGAUAUAAGAACAACAAGGGGCUUCUUCUUCUUCAGACCAGUGAGGUUGAUAAGGGUCGUCGGUGUUUGGCUUUGGAAGAAGGAGAAUCUCAACUACUGCUUGAGUACUUUAAGCGUAUUAAGAAAGAAAACCCCAGAUUCUUUUAUGCCAUAGACUUAAACGAGGAGCAACGUUUAAGAAAUCUGUUUUGGGCUGAUGCUAAGAGCAGAGAUGAUUACGUGAGUUUUAAUGAUGUUGUAUCCUUUGAUACUACUUAUGUCAAGUUUAACGAUAAGUUGCCUCUAGCUUUAUUUAUUGGGGUGAACCAUCAUUCCCAGCCUAUGCUGCUUGGCUGUGGAUUGGUUGCUGAUGAGUCUACGGAGACAUUUGCGUGGCUGAUAAAAACAUGGCUUCGAGCAAUGGGUGCUCGAGCUCCUAAAGUUAUACUCACUGACCAAGAUAAACUCUUGAUGGCUGCGGUUUCGGAGCUGUUACCGAACACUCGCCAUUGCUUUGCGUUGUGGCAUGUGUUGGAAAAGCUUCCUGAAUACUUCUCCCAUGUGAUGAAACGGCACGAGAACUUCUUGCGGAAAUUCAAUAAGUGCAUCUUCAGAUCGUGGACGAGUGAUCAGUUCGAUAUGAGAUGGUGGAAAAUGGUGAGCCAGUUUGGACUUGAGAAUGAUGAAUGGCUGCUAUGGUUGCACGAACACCGCCAGAAGUGGGUGCCCACUUUUAUGAGCGAGGUGUUUCUAGCGGGAAUGUCGACAUCUCAGCGUGCAGAAAGUGUCAACUCUUUCUUCGAUAAGUACGUUCAUAAGAAAAUAACGCUGAAAGAGUUCUUGAGGCUGUACGGUGUGAUGCUGCAGAAUAGGUACGAGGAGGAAUCCGUUGCGGAUUUCGAUACUUGCCACAAGCAACCCGCGUUGAAGUCUCCCUCUCCCUGGGAGAAGCAAAUGGCAGCAACUUACACCCACACGAUAUUCAAGAAAUUCCAAGUCGAGGUCUUGGGGGUUGUCGCUUGCCAUCCUAGAAAGGAAAAAGAAGACGAAAACAUGGUGACGUUCAGAGUUCAAGACUGUGAAAAAGACGACGAGUUCCUUGUGACGUGGAGCAAAACUCAGUCAGAACUCUGCUGUUUCUGCUAUAUGUUUGAAUACAAAGGGUUUCUCUGUCGGCAUGCUUUGAUGAUUCUGCAGAUGUGUGGCUUUGCUAGCGUUCCGCCUCGGUAUAUUUUGAAAAGGUGGACAAAAGAUGCCAAGAGUGGAGGAGCAGACCAGAUACAGACCAGAGUUCAGCGGUAUAAUGAUUUGUGUUGUCGAGCCAUUGAAUUGAGCGAGGAAGGUUGUGUCUCAGAAGAAAACUACAACAUAGUAUUGCGCACACUAGUUGAGACCCUGAAAAAUUGUGUCGACCUAAACCAUGCUAGAAACAACUUCGCUGAGUCUAAUAGCCAGCUUAAUAAUGGUGCUCACGAAGAAGAAAACCAUGUAUUGGCCGCUGUAAAAGCAACAAAGAAGAAGACUGUUGUUAGGAAAAGAAAGGGACAACCAGAGGCUAGCCAAAUGCUCGAAUCUCAACCGAGCUUGCAACCAAUGGAAAAUAUAAGUUCAGAGGGAAUGAGUAUGAGUGGUUACUAUGGUCCUCAACAGAACGUUCAAGGAUUGUUAAAUUUAAUGGAGCCACCUCACGAAGGCUACUAUGUAAAUCAACGAACCAUACAAGGCCUGGGACAACUGAACUCCAUAGCACCAGUGCAGGAUAGCUUCUUCACGAACCAGCAAGCCAUGCCAGGGCUGGGUCAAAUGGAUUUCAGGCCUCCUCCCAACUUCGCUUACAAUUUACAGGAUGAGCAUUUGAGAUCUGCCCAGUUGCCUGGUAGUUCAUCAAGACAGCUAUAGAAACUCAACAGAUCUUCCAUUGGACCUGAGUUGCAAUUGACAAGAACAAAUAAAAUCUUUUAGUUUGGUUUAUGUAUAUUAUGUGAUCCCUUAUCAUGUAUGAAUAUUAUAUGGCUGAAAUGUUGUGCAUUUUGGUUUUAUGUCAUUAAAUAGAAGGGCAUCUUUUAA